CUUUGUUUCUUAACAAACAGAGAAAGAGAGAGACUACAUUUUCUGUUCAUCAACCCUCUAAAUACUUCAUUCAUUCGCAGUGGAGAAAGUGGAAGGGUUUAGGGUUUUGUUUUGAUCGACAUAUCUAUCAUGGAAGAAUCCCAGGAGGCUUUGAACAACAUAGAGAAUGGGAUUAGUAAUUAUAACAAGGGUUUAGGAAAUAAUAAGGAGAUUAACGGAUCAAAGACGCCACAAAACUUGUCAGCUUCGAUUGUACGAAAAAAAUCCGACCCGAUUCUUGUUUCGAAUGUUCGAUUCCAAAUGCUUAGAAAUAUGCUCAACAAUUUGCAUGAGGUUGUUCUUGGCACCAAGCUUGCAGUGCUCUUCCCAGCCAUCCCCCUUGCAAUUCUGGCUGACUUCUAUCACUUUGGGAGACCUUGGAUUUUUGCUUUGAGUUUGCUCGGACUCACCCCACUUGCUGAACGUGUCAGCUUCCUCACUGAGCAAAUUGCUUACUUCACUGGUCCAACAGUUGGAGGACUUCUCAAUGCAACAUGUGGAAAUGCAACAGAGAUGAUCAUAGCAUUCUUUGCUCUUCGCCAAAACAAAAUACAUGUUGUGAAAUACUCCCUUUUGGGUUCCAUUCUCUCAAACCUCCUCCUUGUUCUUGGGACCUCUCUUCUCUUUGGAGGCUUGGCCAACCUGAAAAAAGAACAAAGAUAUGACAGAAAGCAGGCUGAUGUGAAUUCACUACUUUUAUUGCUGGGUUUACUAUGCCACAUGCUGCCACUGAUGUUCCGAUAUGCCUCAGGGUUGGGCAACCCCUUUGCCAUCGACACUCUUCAGUUGUCAAGAACAAGCAGCAUUUUUAUGCUCAUAGCAUAUGUUGCCUAUAUCUUCUUCCAGUUAAAAACCCACCGGCAAUUGUUUGAGUCACAAGAGGAAGAUGAAGAUGAAGACGGAGAAAAAGCCGUGAUAGGGUUUUGGAGUGCAUUCAGUUGGCUGGUUGGUAUGACAAUUAUCAUAGCUCUCUUGUCUGAGUAUGUUGUGGGUACAAUCGAGGCUGCAUCAAAUUCUUGGGGAAUUUCUGUGAACUUCAUCAGCAUUAUUUUGCUACCAAUUGUUGGGAAUGCUGCUGAACAUGCUGGUUCCAUAAUUUUUGCUCUCAAGAACAAGUUGGAUAUAUCUUUGGGAGUUGCUUUAGGUUCUGCAUCCCAAAUUUCUAUGUUUGUGGUCCCUUUAAGUGUGAUUGUUGCAUGGAUAAUGGGCAUCCAAAUGGACCUUGAUUUCAGUCUCCUUGAAACUGGUUCUCUUGCUUUCACUAUAAUCAUCACAGCCUUCACAUUGCAGGAUGGAACUUCACAUUAUAUGAAAGGAGUCAUUCUUUUCCUAUGCUACGUUGUUAUUGCCGCAUGCUUUUUUGUUGACAAAAUUCCCAUGAAUGAGACAAUUGUGGGCAAUUUGGGAACAGUGCAUGAACCAUCCUCUGGAAUCUUGUUUGCUUGAAUAUCAUGGAAUCCCAAAUCAAGAGAUUUUGAUUCAUUUGUUUCCAUUGGUAAUAAAUUCAUAGUGUGGACUCUGCACUUGGACAUGAAGGCGAAGUUUUCCUCUCAGAUGUUUGUAUAUGACUUCUGCUCUCAUGUCUAUUUAAUAAGGUUUUUGCUUCAUUUUGGUUAAACUAGUGGCAAAUUGCAUGAGCUUGAUGUUAAGCAGAGGAAAUGCAGCUGAAUUUUUCAAUUAUAAUAAUAUCAUGGAAAUAAAAAUUCUUUGGAGUUCAACUUCA